GAGAAAAUCCCUGUCUCUGAUUCUCUUGUCUGAUAGUACAUCACAAAAGGAUUUAACUGCUCAAUCAAACACUGUAAUUCAGCAGUGAUUCUCACCUGUUUCUACAGAGCACUAUCCUCAGCUCAGACCAACCUGUAGAGAUGUACCGUGCAUUAGUGAUACUCUUCUUGGUUUUGGUGCUGGAAACCCAAUGGAUUGAAUCUGGUUGUCAGCAGCCAGAGUUUCAAAGAUCAGUUUCAAACGAGAGUCCAAGAUUUCGGGUGUCGGCUCAUAACUUGCUGAGAAGAUAUAAUGAUAUAGAUUAUGACAGUUUUGUUGGAUUAAUGGGACGCAGAAAUGCCGACACAGAUGAUGGUAUACCACCGCAACGUAAAAGGGAAAUGCAUGAUAUCUUUGUUGGGCUCAUGGGUCGGCGAAGCUCUGACUCUGGGCGUCCGUGGAGAAAAGAGUAUCCAGAACCAAAUGAGGGCAUCUUCUUCAACAAGCGCAAACUGAGAUUUCGUCGUGGGUUAUAGGCAAAGGAAUUUCAUAUUCAUAUCCAGUUAAUUGUCUGCACCACCCUGUCAUGAAAGCUUCUUUUCAAGACUUUUCUUUGGGGCAAAAACAAGAAGUUAUAUUUAUUUUACUAAAUCCAUAGAGCAAAAGUAAAUAUUUAUAUAAAAUUAUCAAAUAAACACGAUUUCCUAUGGUGUGGUUUGUUUCAAAAAUAUUGGCACCCUUGGUAAAUAGGAGCAAAAAAAGGCUUUGGAAAAGAAAACUGCAUUGUUUAUCCUUUCUUAUCUUUCAUUAAACAAAUCACAAAAAAAAUCUAACCUUUAAUUGAAGUAAAACAAUUGAAACAGGAAAUAUCUCGUUAUUAAAUAAAUAUUUUACUCCAAAAAGUAUUCGCCAUAAUUAUUGGCACCCUUUUAUUCAAUACUUUUUGCAAC